UCCCAUUUUGUCCCCGGGCAGCCCCUGGCUUUGGGAUGCUCGCGGCUUAGGCCUCGUCCCGGGGCUCGAGCUUUUGCAGCUGGCCUCCCGCCUCCGCGUGUCCUGCUUCUUAGAAGACGCCCGUGUUGUGUUCGGUUAUGCAAUGGUCUCUGCAAGAUGUUUUAUUCUUGAAUUGGAGCUUUUUAAGACUGACAAAUGCUGGUACUUCAUCUUCUAUAAGUGGACUAUAAUUUCUUUUCUUAAGACAACUACAUAAGCAGACAAAAUUGCAAAGAUCUGCCCUGUGUCGAGUAUGACAGCCACAACUCGUGGCUCUCCAGUUGGAGGGAAUGACAACCAGGGCCAAGCUCCUGAUGGACAGUCUCAGCCCCCCCUCCAACAGAAUCAGACUUCAUCGCCUGAUUCUUCCAAUGAGAAUUCCCCGGCAACUCCUCCUGAUGAGCAAGGUCAAGGUGAUGCCCCUCCACAGAUUGAAGAUGAGGAACCUGCAUUUCCACAUACUGACUUGGCAAAGUUAGAUGAUAUGAUCAACAGGCCUCGAUGGGUCGUUCCAGUUUUGCCGAAAGGGGAAUUAGAAGUGCUUCUAGAAGCUGCUAUUGAUCUGAGUAAGAAAGGCCUUGAUGUUAAAAGCGAAGCAUGUCAGCGAUUUUUCCGAGAUGGGCUAACAAUCUCAUUCACAAAAAUCCUUACAGAUGAAGCAGUGAGUAGCUGGAAGUUUGAGAUUCAUAGAUGUAUUAUUAACAAUACCCAUCGCCUGGUGGAACUAUGUGUGGCUAAGUUGGCCCAAGACUGGUUUCCACUCCUAGAACUUCUUGCCAUGGCCUUAAAUCCUCAUUGCAAAUUCCAUAUCUACAAUGGUACACGUCCAUGUGAAUCGGUGUCCUCAAGUGUUCAGGUGCCUGAAGAUGAACUCUUUGCUCGUUCUCCAGACCCUCGAUCACCAAAAGUGUGUUGCUUGAGAGUUUUUUUUUUUUUUUCUUAUUUCAGACCAUUCGGACAGUGCUAUGAGUUUCUCACUCUUCACACAGUGAAAAAAUACUUUCUUCCAAUAAUAGAAAUGGUUCCACAGUUUUUAGAAAACUUAACUGAUGAAGAACUGAAGAAAGAAGCAAAGAAUGAAGCCAAAAAUGAUGCUCUUUCAAUGAUUAUUAAAUCUUUGAAGAAUUUAGCUUCCCGGGUUCCUGGACAAGAAGAAACUGUAAAGAACUUAGAAAUAUUUAGGUUAAAAAUGAUACUUAGAUUAUUGCAAAUUUCUUCUUUCAAUGGAAAGAUGAACGCACUGAAUGAAGUUAAUAAGGUCAUUUCUAGUGUGUCGUACUAUACCCAUCGGCACGGAAAUCCUGAGGAAGAGGAGUGGCUCACGGCAGAGAGGAUGGCCGAAUGGAUACAACAGAACAAUAUUUUAUCCAUUGUUUUACGAGAUAGUCUUCAUCAACCACAAUAUGUAGAGAAACUAGAAAAGAUUCUUCGUUUUGUCAUCAAAGAAAAAGCUCUGACCUUGCAAGAUCUUGAUAAUAUCUGGGCAGCACAGGCAGGGAAACAUGAAGCCAUUGUGAAGAAUGUACAUGAUCUACUGGCCAAAUUAGCAUGGGAUUUUUCUCCUGAACAACUUGAUCAUCUGUUUGAUUGCUUUAAGGCCAGUUGGACAAAUGCAAGUAAAAAACAACGUGAAAAGCUCCUUGAGCUAAUUCGUCGUCUUGCAGAAGAUGAUAAAGAUGGUGUGAUGGCACAUAAAGUAUUGAACCUUCUGUGGAAUCUCGCCCACAGUGAUGAUGUGCCUGUAGAUAUCAUGGACCUGGCUCUCAGUGCUCAUAUCAAAAUACUAGAUUAUAGUUGCUCCCAGGACCGGGACACACAAAAGAUCCAAUGGAUAGAUCGCUUUAUAGAAGAACUUCGCACAAAUGACAAAUGGGUCAUUCCUGCACUGAAGCAAAUUAGAGAAAUUUGUAGUUUGUUUGGUGAAGCGCCUCAAAAUUUGAGUCAAACUCAGCGAAGUCCUCAUGUAUUUUAUCGUCAUGACUUAAUCAAUCAACUUCAGCACAAUCAUGCCCUAGUUACUUUGGUAGCAGAAAACCUUGCAACUUACAUGGAAAGCAUGAGACUGUAUGCCAGAGAUCAUGAAGACUAUGACCCACAAACUGUGAGACUGGGAAGUAGAUAUAGUCAUGUUCAAGAAGUCCAAGAACGACUUAACUUUCUUAGAUUUUUAUUGAAGGAUGGCCAACUGUGGCUGUGUGCUCCUCAGGCAAAACAAAUAUGGAAGUGCUUAGCUGAAAAUGCAGUUUACCUUUGUGAUCGUGAAGCCUGUUUUAAGUGGUAUUCCAAAUUAAUGGGGGACGAGCCAGACUUAGAUCCUGAUAUCAAUAAGGACUUCUUUGAAAGCAAUGUGCUUCAGCUUGAUCCUUCCUUGUUAACUGAAAAUGGAAUGAAGUGUUUUGAGAGAUUCUUCAAAGCUGUGAAUUGUCGAGAAGGGAAGCUAGUAGCAAAAAGAAGAGCCUAUAUGAUGGAUGAUUUGGAGUUAAUUGGAUUAGACUAUCUUUGGAGGGUUGUAAUUCAGAGUAAUGAUGAUAUUGCCAGCCGAGCUAUAGAUCUCCUUAAAGAGAUAUACACAAACCUUGGUCCAAGGCUGCAGGUCAAUCAGGUGGUGAUCCACGAAGACUUCAUUCAGUCUUGCUUUGAUCGUUUGAAAGCCUCUUAUGACACAUUGUGUGUUUUGGAUGGUGACAAAGACAGUAUUAAUUGUGCAAGACAGGAAGCUGUUCGAAUGGUUCGAGUAUUAACUGUUCUAAGAGAAUAUAUAAAUGAAUGUGACAGUGAUUACCAUGAAGAAAGAACAAUUCUGCCUAUGUCAAGAGCUUUCCGUGGUAAACACCUCUCUUUUAUAGUUCGAUUUCCAAACCAAGGCAGACAAGUAGAUGACUUGGAAGUUUGGUCUCAUACAAAUGAUACAAUUGGUUCAGUUCGACGAUGUAUUCUCAAUCGCAUUAAAGCUAAUGUAGCUCAUACAAAAAUUGAACUCUUUGUGGGUGGUGAACUGAUUGAUCCUGGAGAUGACAGAAAGUUGAUUGGACAAUUAAAUCUAAAAGAUAAAUCACUAAUUACAGCCAAACUUACACAAAUAAGCUCCAAUAUGCCUUCAAGUCCGGAUAGCUCUUCCGAUUCCUCAACUGGAUCUCCUGGAAACCAUGGUAAUCACUACAGUGAUGGCCCCAACCCCGAAGUGGAAAGCUGUUUGCCUGGAGUGAUUAUGUCACUUCAUCCCAGAUACAUCUCUUUCCUUUGGCAAGUUGCAGACUUAGGAAGCAGUCUAAAUAUGCCACCUCUUAGAGAUGGAGCAAGAGUGCUUAUGAAACUUAUGCCACCAGAUAGUACAACAAUAGAAAAAUUAAGAGCUAUUUGUUUGGACCAUGCCAAACUUGGAGAAAGCAGCCUUAGUCCGUCUCUUGACUCACUUUUCUUUGGACCCUCUGCCUCACAAGUGCUAUACCUAACAGAGGUAGUCUAUGCCUUGUUAAUGCCUGCUGGUGCACCCCUCGCUGAUGAUUCCUCCGAUUUUCAGUUUCACUUCUUGAAAAGUGGUGGUCUACCCCUUGUCCUGAGUAUGCUAACCAGAAACAACUUCCUACCAAAUGCAGAUAUGGAAACUCGAAGGGGUGCCUACCUCAAUGCUCUUAAAAUAGCCAAACUGUUACUAACUGCCAUUGGCUAUGGCCAUGUUCGGGCUGUGGCAGAAGCUUGUCAGCCAGGUGUAGAAGGCGUGAAUCCCAUGACAUCGGUCAACCAAGUAACUCAUGAUCAAGCAGUGGUGCUACAAAGUGCCCUUCAGAGCAUUCCUAAUCCGUCGUCUGAAUGCAUGCUUAGAAAUGUGUCUGUUCGUCUUGCUCAGCAGAUUUCUGAUGAGGCUUCAAGAUACAUGCCUGAUAUUUGUGUAAUUAGAGCUAUACAAAAAAUUAUUUGGACAUCAGGAUGUGGGGGAUUACAGCUGGUAUUCAGCCCAAAUGAAGAAAUCACAAAAAUUUAUGAAAAGACCAAUGCAGGCAAUGAGCCAGACCUGGAAGAUGAACAGGUUUGUUGUGAAGCAUUGGAAGUGAUGACAUUGUGUUUCGCCUUGAUUCCAACAGCCUUAGAUGCUCUAAGUAAAGAAAAGGCUUGGCAGACAUUCAUUAUUGACUUACUAUUGCACUGUCACAGCAAAACUGUUCGUCAAGUAGCACAGGAGCAAUUCUUCUUAAUGUGUACCAGAUGUUGCAUGGGACACAGGCCUCUACUUUUCUUCAUUACUCUCCUCUUUACUGUUUUGGGGAGCACAGCCAGAGAGAGGGCUAAACAUUCAGGCGACUACUUUACUCUUUUAAGGCACCUUCUUAAUUAUGCUUACAACAGUAACAUUAAUGUACCCAAUGCUGAAGUUCUUCUUAAUAAUGAAAUUGACUGGCUCAAAAGAAUUAGGGAUGAUGUUAAAAGAACAGGUGAAACAGGUAUUGAAGAGACAAUCUUGGAAGGACACCUUGGGGUUACAAAAGAGCUGCUGGCUUUUCAGACUCCUGAGAAAAAGUUUCAUAUUGGUUGUGAAAAGGGAGGUGCUAAUCUCAUUAAAGAAUUAAUCGACGAUUUCAUAUUUCCUGCAUCCAAUGUUUACCUGCAGUAUAUGAGAAAUGGAGAGCUCCCAGCUGAACAGGCUAUUCCUGUCUGUGGUUCACCAGCUACAAUUAAUGCUGGUUUUGAGUUACUUGUAGCUUUAGCUGUUGGCUGUGUGAGGAACCUCAAACAGAUAGUAGAUUCUUUGACUGAAAUGUAUUACAUUGGUACAGCAAUAACUACUUGUGAAGCACUUACUGAGUGGGAAUACCUGCCACCUGUUGGACCCCGCCCACCAAAAGGAUUUGUGGGGCUGAAAAAUGCCGGUGCUACUUGUUACAUGAAUUCUGUGAUUCAACAGCUCUAUAUGAUUCCCUCCAUCAGGAACGGUAUUCUUGCAAUUGAAGGCACAGGUAGUGAUGUAGAUGAUGAUAUGUCUGGGGAUGAGAAGCAAGACAAUGAGAGCAAUGUUGAUCCCAGGGAUGAUGUGUUUGGAUAUCCUCAACAAUUUGAAGAUAAACCAGCACUAAGUAAAACAGAAGAUAGGAAAGAGUACAAUAUCGGUGUUCUAAGACACCUUCAAGUUAUCUUUGGGCAUUUAGCUGCUUCUCGACUACAAUACUAUGUGCCUAGAGGAUUUUGGAAACAGUUCAGGCUUUGGGGUGAGCCUGUUAAUCUUCGUGAACAACAUGAUGCUUUGGAGUUCUUUAAUUCAUUGGUGGAUAGUUUAGAUGAAGCUUUAAAAGCCUUAGGGCAUCCAGCUAUGCUAAGUAAAGUCUUGGGAGGUUCCUUUGCUGAUCAGAAGAUUUGCCAAGGCUGCCCUCAUAGGUACGAAUGUGAAGAAUCCUUUACGACUCUGAAUGUAGACAUUAGAAACCACCAAAAUCUUCUUGAUUCUUUGGAGCAGUAUGUCAAAGGAGAUUUAUUAGAAGGAGCAAAUGCUUAUCAUUGUGAAAAAUGCAAUAAAAAGGUUGAUACUGUAAAGCGUUUGCUAAUUAAAAAAUUACCUCCCGUACUUGCUAUCCAACUAAAACGAUUCGAUUAUGACUGGGAAAGAGAAUGUGCAAUCAAGUUCAAUGAUUACUUUGAAUUUCCUCGAGAGUUAGACAUGGAACCUUACACAGUUGCAGGCGUUGCUAAGCUAGAGGGGGAUAACGUAAACCCAGAAAGUCAACUGAUACAACAGAAUGAGCAGUCUGAAGAGAAAGCAGGAAGCACAAAAUACAGACUUGUUGGUGUGCUUGUGCACAGUGGUCAAGCAAGUGGGGGACAUUAUUAUUCUUACAUCAUUCAGAGGAAUGGAGGAGAUGGGGAAAAGAAUCGCUGGUAUAAAUUUGAUGAUGGAGAUGUAACAGAGUGUAAAAUGGAUGACGACGAAGAAAUGAAAAACCAGUGUUUUGGUGGCGAGUACAUGGGAGAAGUGUUUGAUCACAUGAUGAAGCGCAUGUCGUACAGGCGCCAGAAAAGGUGGUGGAAUGCUUAUAUACUUUUUUAUGAACGAAUGGACACAAUAGACCAUGAUGAUGAGGUGAUACGAUACAUAUCGGAGAUUGCUAUCACCACAAGACCCCAUCAGAUUGUUAUGCCAUCAGCCAUUGAGAGAAGUGUACGGAAGCAGAAUGUACAGUUCAUGCACAACCGAAUGCAGUACAGUCUGGAAUACUUUCAGUUUAUGAAAAAACUACUUACGUGUAAUGGUGUUUACUUAAACCCUCCUCCAGGACAAGAUCACCUAUCUCCUGAAGCAGAAGAAAUCACUAUGAUUAGUAUUCAGCUUGCUGCUAGAUUCCUCUUUACUACAGGAUUUCACACAAAGAAAAUAGUUCGUGGCUCUGCCAGUGAUUGGUAUGAUGCAUUGUGUAUUCUCCUUCGUCACAGCAAGAACGUGCGGUUUUGGUUUGCUCACAAUGUCCUUUUUAAUGUUUCAAAUCGAUUUUCUGAAUACCUUUUGGAAUGCCCUAGUGCAGAAGUGAGAGGUGCAUUUGCUAAACUUAUAGUUUUCAUUGCACAUUUUUCCUUGCAAGAUGGGCCAUGUCCUUCACCUUUUGCAUCUCCUGGACCUUCUAGUCAGGCUUAUGACAACUUAAGCUUGAGUGAUCAUUUACUAAGAGCAGUACUAAAUCUCUUGAGGAGGGAAGUUUCAGAGCAUGGACGUCAUUUACAGCAGUAUUUCAACUUAUUUGUAAUGUAUGCCAAUUUAGGAGUGGCAGAGAAGACACAGCUGCUGAAACUGAGUGUGCCUGCUACCUUUAUGCUUGUGUCCUUAGAUGAAGGUCCUGGCCCUCCAAUUAAAUACCAGUAUGCUGAAUUAGGCAAAUUAUACUCAGUAGUCUCACAGCUAAUCCGAUGUUGCAAUGUCUCCUCAAGAAUGCAGUCUUCAAUCAAUGGUAAUCCUUCUCUUCCAAAUCCUUUUGGUGAUCCUAAUUUAUCACAACCUAUAAUGCCAAUUCAACAAAAUGUGGUAGACAUUUUAUUUGUGAGAACAAGUUAUGUGAAGAAAAUUAUCGAAGACUGCAGUAACUCUGAUGAGACCGUCAAAUUGCUUCGCUUUUGCUGCUGGGAGAAUCCUCAAUUCUCAUCUACCGUCCUCAGUGAACUUCUUUGGCAGGUUGCAUAUUCUUAUACUUAUGAACUCCGGCCCUAUUUGGAUCUGCUUUUACAAAUCUUACUGAUUGAAGACUCCUGGCAGACUCACAGAAUUCAUAAUGCCCUUAAAGGAAUUCCAGAUGACCGAGACGGGCUGUUUGACACAAUCCAGCGUUCUAAGAAUCACUAUCAAAAACGAGCAUACCAAUGUAUCAAGUGUAUGGUAGCUCUCUUUAGCAGUUGUCCUGUUGCUUACCAGAUCUUGCAGGGCAAUGGAGAUCUUAAAAGGAAAUGGACCUGGGCAGUGGAAUGGCUUGGAGAUGAACUCGAAAGAAGACCAUACACUGGCAAUCCUCAAUACACUUACAACAAUUGGUCUCCCCCAGUGCAAAGCAAUGAAACAUCAAAUGGCUAUUUCUUGGAGAGAUCACAUAGUGCUAGGAUGACACUUGCAAAAGCUUGUGAACUCUGUCCUGAGGAGGAACCAGAUGACCAAGAUGCCCCAGAUGAGCAUGAGUCACCUCCGCCGGAAGAUGCCCCAUUAUACCCCCAUUCCCCUGGAUCUCAGUAUCAGCAGAAUAACCAUGUGCAUGGACAGCCAUAUACAGGCCCAGCAGCACAUCACAUGAAUAACCCUCAGAGAACUGGCCAACGAGCACAAGAAAAUUAUGAAGGCAGUGAAGAAGUGUCCCCACCUCAGACCAAGGAUCAGUGAAAUGCACAUAUUAACUGGUUCCAUCAAGACUGUGCACCCAGGCCUUACAGUCCAACUUUUUUCUGUGUCUGGCUAAUAUUUAAAACUAGAAAAACUAUUCCUAAUCAACAUGGAGUGGAGAGUUUAUUCACUGUCUUACCUGCAGAAAUAUGCUGUCAAUAUAUAACCCGCCUGCAGUGGAAAGUGUAUAGUGUUUUGUAAUAAAUGGCCUGAUGCUAAUGUGUAAAUGGCAAAGGUGUAUAUAGUAUAUUAAUGUUUGACUGUUAAUUCUUAAGCAAGAAACUUUUUCUUUCCUUGAUGAGACUCACAGAUCUACAAAAACUACAUUAAUUUUCUUGUUAUACCCACUGCACUCUGCAGCCAGUGUUGCCUACCUUGUGGCAGUUGGAUCACCUCCUUUACAAAAACAAAAAGUAAACCAACAGCAACAAAAGAGCCCAUUCAUGUCACACCAGUAGUUUCAUGUUCAUUCUUUGCCACUGGAGUCAAUUUUACUAUGAGCAAUGUAAGGCUGGUUACCUUUUAAUUAUUUGGUUGAUGUGGAAAAUUGGUGAUGUACUAUGUUUCUAGAUCUUUUUCAUUGCCUUUUUAUUCUGAUGUUAGGUUAAUCACUUUGAAGCUAUAGAUAUGCUGUAACAUUUAGCAUGGCUUCACACAAGGUAGUGUAGCCAAUGAGGAAAUAUUACCAUAAUGACUGCAGUUGUCCUGACGUGGAGGCUGCAUUGCUCGGAGCUUUCCUUCUUCAACCCUAGACUAUAAACUACAGGCUGAGGGGAGAACUGUGGCAAGCGAGCAGUUCUCAGUUGCACACAUGUUCCUUCUUGUGUUUGACAGUGCAGAUCUCUGGGUGGGAUAAAGAACACUUAAAUUUAUCGAUUUAGUGGUGGGAAUUUUGAAAGAUUUAAAACAAAUAUGCAAAAAUUUGCUAUGCCAGGAUGCUGGCUGGAGCCUAGUAGAAAACUGUAUUUGGUGUGCUUGUUUUGUUCUUUGGUAGAGCUUACUAAGUGACUCUUCUCAAACUUUCCUUCUGCUGGACCCCAAUGAUGCAGAAGUCAGAACCCCACAGUCUUUGGAUUACCUCUGCACCAAGAUGUCUGACUGAUUCUCUGCUCAGUCAUAAUUUUACUUGAAAGCAAGAAUUGUCCUAGCUCCUUUUCCAUUCCAAAAAUUUUAAUGUUCAAAGCAGGGUCUAAUUUAAAAAUAAAAGAUUACUGGUAGUUAAUAUAAUUGAGGUAUCACAAUUUUAGAAUAAACAAUUUGAAUGAAGAUAAAAGAAUUCAUCAGUUAAUACUGUAUUUCAAAGAGAAUUGGUGACUUGAAUGUGUAUAAUUUUCGGAAACUGUCUAAAACCAAAUACCCCUGCAAACAGAUACAACCCACCCUAUUUAAAUAUUUUGCUGUUUUAUUUUAUAGAAAUUAUUUUGCUGAAUUCGCAAAUAGAAUUUGAUUUAAGAAGAACUUUUUGUCCUGUGGUGUGUUUGGUGGUUUUGGUACCUUCUCUCUUGUUUUUUUUUUUAAAGACUGCAUAUAUUAUGCACAGAAAGAUUGGCUCUUUACUAAAAGGACUUGGAAAACAGGAAGUUGAUGCUAUAAAAGUUCCCCUAACAAUCAAUCUUACACUUUUUGUAUUUUUUUAUAUACAUGUGUAUUUAAUGAGCACAAGCUUGGUUGUAUUUUUUACAUUUCAGUUGAUAGGAAAAUGUUGAAAGGCUAUCAUUGGCACUGGUCAAAGCAGAAGCAAAAUUGAGCAUUUUUAUUUUGUGAUUUAAAAGGGGCAGUAUUUAAGAUAUAGCUUUGGUAUCUUAUUUGCAGUAUUCCAUAAUCCUGCUUCUAGGCUUCCUGUAAUUUUAGCAACUUUUGACACUAGAUAGAUUCUGUUUACUUCAGAAUUGGCUUUUGUUUCAGUUUUUGUGGAGCUGGGGAUCCAGGGCCUCAAGCACUCCAGGCAAGUGCUCUACCACUGAGCUGCACCUCCAGCCUGAAUUGAAGUUUGAGCAAAGGUUGUACAGUGUUUGCCUUUCCAACUGGAAGUUUUCAAAGUUCCUCAAGUAGUGGAGUAGGUUAGCUUUGUUUGGACAAGUAACUGGUACUAGUUACAUUAUCUUACCAUCUGACAGACAAUUUUGAUAUUUUCUGCUCCUUAACAAAAUUAUGAAAUACAUAAAACUUAGUGACUUCCUAGAUAAGAGAAAACUUGACAUUCUCAAAGGCUGUGAAUUUUUUGUCUUGGAGGGAUUCCCCCUCCCCAUUAGUUGCUUUGAGUGUAUAAGCCCACCAGUUCCUAAUGAGGGCUUAUGAGUCAUGUUUCCCUCCAUUUGAGAAAGAGCUGGUCUGUGUUGUGACCACGAGUGAGGGAAAGUGAACAGAGUUAUUUUUGUUUGUUUGUGCAAAUUAUUUUCUACAUUUAACUCUUUAAGCAUUAAUGUAUAACCGGAAAUUUUAAGAUGCAUGUUAUUGUAAGAGCAACAUAGUGGUGAUUUUGAGGUCUUUCUCUAAAACAUAAAUGGCACGUUUUAAAUUUCAAGUCUUAAAGUGCCUAAAAAUUAUUUGAUUCUCUCAACUGAUUCUUUUGAGCCAUAUGUUUCCUCCUUUAAAUGUUUGUUGCAGAAUCACUAGUCUUCCUUUGAAAUACUCCCACGUUUCUAAAUGGCAUGAUUACUCUAUUGAAGACAGUAGAAUCUGUUAACGUAAAGACUGAAGAGAUUUUAAUUGUAAAACUGUGUGAACUGGGGCUUUGCCCAGUCAGAUCUAAGUAUUUCCGUGUACAACUUGGUAAACACCAUAUUGCUGCUGUUUCUAAGCCCUCCCUCCACCAACCGAAUUAUCAUGUUCAGCAUCACAGAGGCAGAAAUACAAACAUAAUCAUAUUUGGGCUUUGUUUCUUUUCAUUGAUUUUUCUCAGUGAUGAUUUCCCAGCUUUUUUGUCUCAGCUAUAAUUAUACAGACCUAGAAUUAUUCAAAUGUUUUCUAUUUUCAUGAUUAACUUUUAUUAGUGAACAAUAACAACUUAAGUCUUUAAUCCUCAUAUUGGUUAAAAAGAUGAGGAGCCUUUUUUAUUUGAAUUACUUUUGUAAAGGAAAGCAACAGUCUGUGAAUAUUCAGGUGACUACUUUGGAAUAGUUCUUUGGGUUUUUAUUAGUAUUUUUCCAGGUUAUGUUCUCCCAUGGACUAUUUUACUUUGUCAAAUUUUGUGGUUGAUUUGGUGGCUAUAUCCUGCCUUAUUUAGAAUUUUAGAAAAUUGCCUUUUUGUGAUAAGUGCCCAGUUUUGAUUUCUAGUUUGAAGGUACGAGGACAUGCAGACUGCUGAUAGAGGAAAACAGCACCCCUUUACCCCAGCUUUGUGUUAGCAACAAAACCGUUCUCAGUACUGGUUUCAUCGCAGGGACCACCCAGAAUUGGUCCUGCACCUACUUGAGUGUUGCAUAUUGAAAAUAAGGUUUUGGGUGUGAUAAAUCACUAAAGAAGUGCUGAAUGUAUUAAGAACUUGCUGCCGAUUGUAUUUUUAACUAUUAUUUUGUGUUUGCAGAAGUAUGUAGCACUUGUCCUCCAAACUUACAGGUGUAAGUGGGGGGAAGGUGAACCACAUUUUAAAGUCACUAAUGAGUGCAAUUUUUUUUUUUAUUUUGGAAUUGGGGUUCCCAAAAGGAAAUUUCACCACCCAAAUCUCACAUACUUCUUAGCCUUUUACAAGCCAACAGACUGACAUAAAAGAUUGUCCACAGUUCGUAAGAUCUAGCACAUAUACAAAAAUAAAACUUUAUAAAUUAAA